AAAGAAUUCAGUGAACUGUUUAAAGGCUUGCUUUCUGGCAUUUAUAUUCUGGAAACAUGUGCAUUAAUUUUGUUAUCUAUUUCAAGGUGAUGAACCCCCUGGACGCCAUUUGCAACGUCCCCCGAAACGACGCAGUGUGCGUCAGCAACCUGAAAUCGUCCAAACCUAUCGAUAAGGCCAUUCUGCAGGAAAGACCCGACGUCAAGAUAUUUCUGCCCUUCCGUUUCCACUUCUACAAACCCAAGGAUUUGUUCAAAGAGAACAGUUAUAAAAAUUAUUUAGUGGCCCCCGGUGGCGACCACGUGCUCAGCCUGGUCGACGAGAUAUCGUACAGCGCGCCGCCGGCGCCGCCGCUCUCGCAGAUGUACGAGCUUUCUCCAGAGCUGUUCUGCAACGGCGACAACCGUCCCGCUAACUGCGCAGUCGACUGUCGCUGCACACAUAUGAUUGACGUACCCCUCAAUUCUAUAGUCGAGAUUGUGCUUGUUGAUGAAGUGCAAUCGCCGAAUCUUUCUCACCCAUUCCACCUUCACGGGACAAGUUACAACGUCAUCGGUAUGGGCCGGUCUCCGGACAAGAACAUCAAAAAGAUCAACCUGAAACACGCACUGGACCUGGAUCGGAAGGGUCUGCUCCAUCGACAGUACAAUAGCCCUCCGUUGAAGGACACCUUGGCCGUGCCCAACAAUGGUUACGUGGUGCUGAGGCUAAAGGCUGAUAAUCCUGGAUAUUGGUUGUUCCACUGCCACUUUAUAUACCACAUAGUAAUCGGGAUGAGCUUAAUAAUGCACGUGGGGACACAAGGAGACUUGCCCCCUAUACCAACAGACUUCCCUCGCUGCGGCCACCACCUCCCCGCCAUCUCGCCUCCGCUCUACCCCAUACACUGAUGGUCACCAUCACAGAUAACCAUUAUACCAUUCGAUCUCACUGAAUGUGAAUGGAUUCUCCUGGAAUCUCGUUUCCGAAAGCAUCAAUUUGAAUGAGUACUGCCAUAUUUUAAUACUUGUACUUAGAGAAAUAUGAAGGAAAUGCGAGAUAAUUUUAUUGUUUGUUGAUGCGUGAUUGACGUUAGAUUUUAAAACGAACGGUGCUGCUUCAAAGAUUUUUUGUUAUAAAUGUUUAAGAUGACCAAAGUAUAUUUAUCACAUGUGAUGUUUAUAUUACUUUCCGCAUAAAAAAUAGAUAUGCACCAAUUUGAAGAAUGCUUC